AUGGCUGUGAACAAACUUUUUGGUGCAAUUUCUGCACUAUCUCUACUGCUUCUUCUUUCGAGCUUUGGUUGUAAAGCACAACUUUCACCUACAUUUUAUGAUUAUACUUGCCCGAAUGCUCUCACUACAAUCCGUUCCACUAUCCGGUCAGCGAUAUCGUGUGAACGGAGGAUGGCCGCGUCGUUGAUUCGCCUCCAUUUCCAUGAUUGCUUCGUGCAGGGUUGUGAUGGAUCAGUUUUGCUUGAUGAGACCCCUACAAUUCAAAGUGAGAAGACAUCAAAGGCGAAUAAUGAUUCUGCAAGAGGUUUCAAUGUUAUAGAGGAUGCUAAGACCGCAGUGGAGAAAAUAUGUCCAGGAGUUGUUUCUUGUGCAGAUAUUCUUGCAGUUGCUGCAAGAGAUUCAUCCGCUGCUGUGGGUGGUCCUUCGUGGACUGUAAAGCUUGGAAGAAGAGAUUCUACCACUGCCAGUCGUUCCCUAGCAGACAGUGAUCUUCCUGCUCCUUUUCACCAGCUUGAUAGACUUAUUACCCUAUUUUCAAACAAGGGUUUUACUCCGAGGGAAAUGGUUGCCCUAUCAGGAGCCCAUACGGUAGGCCAGGCACAAUGCUUUACAUUCCAGCAAAGGAUAUAUAGUAACGGAGCAGAUAUUGAUGCAGGCUUUGCCAGCACCCGCCGUCGCCGGUGCCCACCAACCGGCAGAAAUAGCAAUUUGGCACCACUUGAUUUGGUGACACCAAAUCAAUUCGACAACAACUACUACAAGAAUCUUGUGCAGAAGAAAGGCCUUCUAAUAUCAGACCAAACCCUUUUCAAUGGAUCGUCAACUGAUAAUUUUGUUACAGAAUAUAGCCAAAAUCCUCAAACCUUCUCUUCUGAUUUUAGUGCAGCAAUGAUUAAAAUGGGUGAUUUAAGCCCCCUUACAGGUCAAGAUGGGAUCAUUAGACGUGUUUGCAGUGCUAUAAACUAGAGAGUCAACAUCAUUUUGGUGAUGAUUGAUCCGAUUCAGUUUUGUUUUCAGUAUUACAAAAUUUGUUGAGUCUCUAUAUGGUAUAAUUGUAUAUGAAGUCUGAUUAACGUUUCUUUUGUACUCAUGAGUUUUGUUUUUUUAUUCUUUCAUGUUGUAAGUGUUCAAAAUUUUGAAUAAAAGCAAAAAUGCAAUUGUUUUAG